AUACAGGUCGUCCAUUCCUGAGUUAAUUGUCAGCUUACACUCUGUGUAUUCGCUAACAACACCUUAAGGUAUAAGAAAAUUUUCUGACGUAUAGAAUAUUCAAGCGGUCCGGCGCUUUUUAGUUGGUUUUGAUGGAACGAUCUUUACCUCCUUGUUAUAGACUUCCCCACACGUCGGUAUUACGAAAUGACUUCCGAAGACUGGCAAUAUACAUUCUCCUGCUUACGUACUUUUGCUACACACUUUAUCAUGCCUCACGAAAACCUCUUAGCAUUGUUAAGACGGUUCUUCAUCGUCCCGGCGUAAAUGGACAACUAAGAACUGUUGGUUUCACUUCUGACGGCUGGAAACCGUUUGAUUCUGACAAUUGGAGUCAGUUACUGGGUGGCCUUGAAUAUAUUUAUUUGUUUGUUUAUGCAGUUUCAAUGAUUCUAAGUGGCUUUCUUGCAGAAAGAGUCAAUUUAAGAUACUUCUUAUCUAUCGGAAUGUUUCUUAGUGGAGUUUCCACUUUUGCAUUUGGACUGGCUUCAUACUUUGAAAUUCACUACUACUCAUACUUCGUCGUUAUACAGGUGUUUUCUGGUCUUGUUCAAGCUUCUGGAUGGCCGGCUGUUGUUACUCUGGUGGGAAAUUGGUGGGGCAAAAGCAGACGGGGACUUAUUAUGGGUCUUUGGAAUUCUCAUACAAGUUUGGGAAAUAUCAUAGGUUCCGUCAUUGCCGGAAUCUAUGUUGAAGCAAACUGGGGGGCUUCUUUUUAUCUACCCGGUGUAAUCAUGAUGGUUGGAGCGUUGGUUGUCUACCUGACAGUUAUAGAGCAUCCUAACAUGGUCUAUAACUCGGCUAGUUCAGAAAAAACAGGUACUCAAGUUUCAAUGUCAGGAAGCAUAUAUAGGGGAAACAUCGACCGUGAAAGGUCAGAUAAAGAUGGUUUGAGGCCUUUAAUAUCGGAUAUUGAAGCCACUCGACCAAUUAAUUUCAUUGAAGCUCUUCUAUUACCAAGUGUGUUUACCUAUUCACUCUUAUUAUUCUUUACGAAACUUGUCUCAUAUACAUUUCUUUAUUGGUUACCAAACUACUUAACCAUUGUUGAACAUGUGUCAGCUGAACAGGCUGCUAAACUUUCUGUGUUGUUCGAUGUUGGUGGCAUAAUCGGUGGUGUAUUGAUAGGAUGGUUUAGUGAUAGUCAGUCAAAUGGACAAAAUCUCAACGAAGAUGAAAAAACAAUCAAAAAACGUGCACUUGCUUGUCUUGUUAUGCUAGCUUGUGCGGCACCUUUGCUAUUAGCUUAUCGUUCUAUGUCUUCUGCGAACUCGCUGAUGUCGUUAACGUACUCUUGGUAUCUUGUUUAUAGUUUUACUUACAUGUUGCGGUUCUGCAAUCAACGGACCUUAUGCAUUAGUUACAACUGCUGUAUCUGCCGACUUAGGUACCCAGUCGGCCUUGCUAGGGCGAACUCGUGCUUUGGCUACAAUUACAUCUAUUAUUGAUGGAAUGGGAUCAUUGGGUGCUGCGUUAGGUCCACUUCUGACUGGUUUACUAGUUCCAUAUGGUUGGUCUGUUGUAUUUGCUAUGCUUAUCACAUCCGAUCUACUGGCCAUGUUAAUGUCAAUAUGGAUUGUCGUUAAUUCAAGUCGUCGUCAACAUCGUCGAACAUAUUAUCGACUUCAAUCAACAAUUCCUAUUUAAUUAAAAUUUGUUUUUACUUACAGCAAGAAAAAAUAACAGCACAAGUCAUAUCAGUUUCGAAAUAGCUGUUAAUAUAUUUUGUCUUUUUCUUUCAGUAUGUCAUAUUGCACCAUUUAUUAUUACUUCAACUGUACGUAUAUAGAUACAUAUAUUCUUAUGUGGUAGUUUUUUUUUACAGCCUGUUAGGUUUUUCUUAGAAUUCUUUUUGUUACUGAAAUGAAUGUAACCAACAUAUCAUUAUCGAUAUUAUUGUUUAUCAUUACUAUUAUUGUCUUUUAUGAAUUCAGGGCUUUUUCAGGAUUCCAUGUAUAUUCUAGACUUUUCUGCCUUGUUUUUCGGUGUUUCUUUCACCUGUUAAUUCUAGAUAACACAUGAAUAUAUUUACUUACUGAUGUCUUACAUACUUAGGUGUUUGUUUUUAUCAUACUCAUUUUGAAAGUGUUAUUAUCUGUAUGAGAGAAAAAACUGAGUGAACUAUAAUAAAUGUUGACUUUUAUCAUAAAA